UUAAAUCAGCUCGAGCUCGAAAGGGUUUAUGAAGGGCUUAACCCUACAAGUACAAAACAAAUCCCUUCUCCAACAUUCUCCUUCAAUGGCGCUUCUACACUAAUCUUACCAAAACACUUCAGUUCCCAAAUUCUCCCUUCAAUUUCCCAAAUUACCAACAUACAAUGUUGAAGCUCCUUUCUUCCUCUUCCGCGCGCCAAAUCCACACUCACGUGGCCUCCCCCUGUCUCCGAGUCACCACCGAGUCAUCGGCGAGUCCGUUGGUCAAAGCCCUGAGUUCCAUCACCGGAUUGACUCGGAGGAAAUCCAGAAACUCUAGCUUUUAUCAAAGGGCUUUUUUUUGCUCGGAUUCUUCUAAUGAUGGCAGUGGCGAGGUGGUGGAGGUGGAGCUUAAGAGUGGAGAGUCUGAGGCCGAAAGUUUUGACGCCAGCAACGCAAUUGUGCCAACGAGCCCUAGGCCUGAGGAUUACCUAACGGUGUUGGCAUUACCCUUGCCUCAUAGACCUCUGUUUCCAGGUUUCUACAUGCCGAUUUUUGUCAAGGAUCCUAAAGUGUUGGCAGCUUUACAAGAAAGCCGAAAAAGGCAAGCCCCAUAUGCUGGUGCCUUUCUUGUUAAAGAUGAGCCAGGAACUGAUCCCAGUGUGGCAACUGGUUCUGAAUCAGAGAAAAACAUUUAUGAUCUUAAGGGAAAGGAUUUGUUUAAUCGUCUUCAUGAAGUUGGGACACUUGCCCAGAUUACAAGCAUCCAAGGAGACCAGGUCAUCCUUAUUGGUCAUAGACGUCUUCGAAUAACAGAGAUGGUUAGUGAGCAUCCUCUUACUGUCAAAGUUGAUCAUCUCAAGGAAAAACCAUAUAAUAAGGAUGACGACGUCAUAAAGGCAACGUCAUUUGAGGUUAUUUCAACCCUGAGAGAAGUUCUAAAGAUUAGUUCUCUUUGGAGAGAUCAUGUUCAAACAUAUACUCAGCAUAUAGGUGACUUCAAUUUUCCAAGGUUGGCUGAUUUUGGAGCUGCAAUAUCUGGUGCAAACAAAUUGCAGUGCCAGGAAGUGCUUGAGGAGUUGGAUGUGUAUAAACGUUUGAAACUUACGCUGGAGUUGGUAAAGAAAGAAGUGGAAAUCAGUAAGAUUCAGGAAUCAAUUGCAAAAGCAAUUGAAGAAAAAAUAAGUGGUGAGCAGCGUCGUUAUUUGUUGAAUGAACAGCUUAAGGCCAUAAAGAAGGAACUGGGAUUGGAAACAGAUGACAAAACUGCACUCUCUGCAAAGUUUAGAGAAAGGCUCGACCCAAACAAGGAGAAAAUUCCAGCUCAUGUUUUGCAAGUAAUUGAAGAAGAGCUUACAAAACUGCAGCUAUUAGAGGCCAGUUCCAGUGAAUUUAAUGUUACUCGUAAUUAUCUGGAUUGGUUGACUGCAUUGCCCUGGGGUAAUUACAGUGAUGAGAAUUUUGAUGUCCUUCGGGCACAAAAAAUUCUUGAUGAAGACCAUUAUGGGUUAACCGAUGUGAAGGAAAGGAUACUGGAGUUCAUAGCUGUUGGAAAACUCAGAGGAAUAUCACAAGGAAAAAUCAUCUGUCUCUCUGGCCCACCUGGAGUGGGCAAAACUAGCAUUGGUCGUUCAAUUGCACGUGCUUUGAAUCGGAAGUUCUUUCGAUUCUCUGUAGGAGGGUUAUCUGAUGUUGCUGAAAUCAAGGGGCACCGUCGAACCUAUAUUGGUGCAAUGCCAGGAAAGAUGGUGCAAUGUCUUAAAAGUGUAGGGACUGCUAAUCCUCUUGUUCUAAUCGAUGAGAUUGACAAGUUGGGAAGAGGACAUGCAGGUGAUCCAGCCAGUGCUCUGCUGGAGCUUCUUGAUCCAGAGCAAAAUGCUAAUUUUCUGGACCACUACCUUGAUGUUCCAAUUGACCUUUCAAAGGUUCUGUUUGUGUGCACAGCAAAUGUUGUGGACAUGAUACCUAACCCUCUCUUGGACAGAAUGGAGGUAAUUGCUAUUGCUGGUUAUAUUACUGAUGAGAAAAUGCGCAUUGCCAGAGAUUAUCUGGAGAAGUCUACACGUGAAGCAUGCGGCAUCAAGCCUGAACAGGUUGAAGUGACUGAUGCUGCUCUUCUUGCCCUGAUAGAGAAUUAUUGCAGAGAAGCUGGGGUUAGGAAUCUUCAAAAGCAAAUAGAAAAGAUCUAUCGCAAGAUUGCACUCAAACUUGUACGUCAAGGAGAAUUAAGUGAAUCUGCUGUUUCUGGAGAACUAGAAGAAGCAAAAGCAGAAUGUGGUCAAAUCUCGUCUAAAUCAAUAGAAAGUUGCAGUGAUGGAAAAAACAAGGAAACUUCAGUUGAAGUUGAUACUCUGGUGAUAGAUCAGCCAUCUGACCAAAUGCAGGGUUCUGAAGAUCAACUUGCCAACCCAAAGGAAGCAACUGAAACUGAGAAAAUUGAGGAAAGUGAAGUAACCAAGGCAGUUGAGAAGGUGUUGGUUGACACAGCUAACCUACCUGAUUUUGUUGGCAAACCUGUUUUCCAUGCCGAGCGCAUCUAUGGACGGACUCCAGUUGGAGUUGUGAUGGGUCUUGCAUGGACUGCAAUGGGUGGUUCCACCUUGUAUAUAGAAACCACUCAGAUUGAGGAAGGAGAGGGAAAAGGGUCUCUUCAUGUUACUGGUCAACUUGGAGAUGUUAUGAAAGAAAGUGCCCAAAUUGCCCACACAGUUGCACGAUCAAUAUUGAAUGAAAAAGAACCAGACAACUCCUUCUUUGCUAAUUCCAAGCUUCAUCUCCAUGUUCCUGCAGGGGCCACCCCAAAGGAUGGGCCCAGUGCUGGUUGCACCAUGAUCACUUCCUUGCUGUCCCUUGCCAUGAAGAAGCCUGUCAGGAAAGAUCUAGCAAUGACUGGGGAAGUUACAUUAACAGGGAAAAUUCUUCCCAUUGGUGGGGUUAAGGAGAAAACAAUCGCUGCAAGGAGGAGCGAAGUGAAAACCAUCAUAUUCCCAUCAGCUAACAGAAGGGACUUUGAUGAGCUUGCAUUUAAUGUAAAAGAAGGCCUUGAUGUCCACUUUGUUGAUGAUUAUAGCCAGAUAUUUGAACUGGCUUUUGGAUAUGACCAGAAUGGUGAAAAAUAAACCCUCUUAGGCAGUCAAUUCUUGAAACAGUUUUAUUUUUUACUUGGAAUUAAACCUGCUUCUCUACCAUGAGGAUAAUAUUUUUCAUGCAGAUGGUCUCAGAAGAAGGAAGUAGAGCUGUGAUUUUUUCAUGAUAUGGGUGGAAAAUUAUUUGCCAUUGUUUGUUACAUGUUUUUGUCGAUGUAAAACUGAAACCACCCAUUUGUGAUAACUGUAAUUUAUUUUUUGAUUUUUCUUUAGGUAAUAAUGUUUUGAUAGAUACAAAGAGUACUUCGUCUUGCUGGCAGGCUCAGGUUGUAUUUCAAAAACUGAUGAUGUAGCAUUGAGGCACAAACUUCAGGAGUUGCAAGCAAUUUUGCAACACUAUAAAAGUAAUUCUUUCAGGCCUAGUGGAUCUGAUGUGGGGAGUAAUAUUCUGUGCUGAAUUGAGUUCA